AUGGCGGCUUUCGUAGGACGAAUUUGUGGAUCCGGAUUGUUGAGCCCGAAAAGCGGUGCUACCUUGCAGAAGGUACAAAAUUUCUCUACGACCCGCGCCUGGACUAAAAACCAGAAGGUUGCUACUGCGGCUGGUGUAUUGGUAGGCGGUGCCGGAGCCCUUCUCUACGCUCUAGAGCAGUCGGUAGCUGCAUCCGGUACGGAAGUGCACCCACCAGCACUGCCAUGGAACCAUAAAGGUGUACUCGACUCGCUCGACCAUGCGUCGAUCCGGCGCGGGUACGAGGUAUAUAAGCAGGUGUGUGCUGCCUGCCACUCGAUGCGCUUCAUUGCCUAUCGCAAUCUGGUCGGUGUGUCGCAUACCGAAGCGGAAGCAAAGGCCGAAGCGGAGGAGGUCCAGGUACGCGACGGUCCGGAUGAGGCUGGCAACUACUUUAACCGGCCCGGCAAGCUAUCCGACUACUUCCCGAGCCCGUACCCCAACGAGGAAGCGGCCCGUGCCGCUAACAACGGUGCCUAUCCGCCGGAUCUAAGCUACAUUGCGCUUGCACGCCACGGUGGCGAGGACUAUCUGUUCGCGUUGCUCACCGGCUACUGUGAUGCCCCGGCAGGUGUGGUGCUACGUGAGGGUCAGUAUUACAACCCAUACUUCCCUGGUGGUGCUAUAUCGAUGGCGCAAGCACUGUAUAAUGAGGCCGCUGAAUAUUCCGACGGUACGCCACCGACGGCUAGCCAACUGGCCAAGGAUGUGUCCACGUUUCUGGUAUGGGCAGCCGAACCUUAUCACGACGAGCGCAAACGCAUGGGUAUCAAAUCGGUCGGCAUUAUCAUGAUCCUCGGUGCGUUGACUUACUACAUCAAGCGACACAAGUGGGCUGCGCUCAAGACGCGAAAGAUUUCCUUCCACCCAAAGAGCAAGUAA